CUACUCUGAGUCAAACUUUGUGCUUUGCUUGAACACAGUUCUUGCAGCUCUGGGCUGGUUAUUGAAAUUCAAGGUGGGGGACACCGCUGGAGGGGGUGUAAGUUUACUGGGUGUAUAGAGUAAUAAAUGCAGUAACUGUACAAGAAGGGGUUGAGAGAUAUCAGAUAUGGCCACCGAUUCUUCCUCUUUAAGGAUUGGAGUUGUAGGAUUUGGACAUCUAGGUCAGUACCUAGUGGAGAGGAUCCAUAAAGAUGGACCUGCCCUCGGUUUGACUCUGGGUUUUGUCUGGAACAGGAAUUCUGGCAAGCUCAGUGGUUUAGUCCCCUCUGAACUCAUACUCGGGGAUCUAUCGUCCUUUGCAGAAAGGCGAUGCGAUGUGAUUAUUGAAGUGUGCCAUCCUCAGAUAGUUAAAGAAUUUGGGCUCCAGUUUCUGUCUCAGUCUCAUUUCAUGGUGGGCUCUCCAUCUGCUCUCGCUGAUCCUGAUCUGAACCAGAAGUUGCGUCAGGCUGCUCAGAAGUAUGGCAGGACUCUCUACGUCCCCAGUGGUGCAUUAUGGGGAGGCCAGGACAUCCAGAGGCUGAAUGACAGUGGGAAAUUAAAGGCUUUGUUCAUCAGAAUGUCCAAGCAUCCCUCCUGCUUUCGGCUGACAGGAGACCUCCUCACUGACUGGACGGAGGGAGAAGGCAGGCGUGUUUUGUUCAGAGGCUCCGUUGCAGAGUUGUGCCCACUCGCUCCUAACAAUGUGAACACCAUGGCGGCAGCAGCAGUGGCAGCAGGGACACUCGGCUUCACUGGUGUCCAGGGAGAGAUUGUAUCAGAUACAGCGUUAAGAGACUACCAUGUGGUGGAAGUAGAGGUGACUGGGCCUGAUGGUUUCUCAGUACACACAGUGAGGAGGAAUCCAGCCAAACUCGGGGCUGUUACUGGCAGCGCAACUUACAGCUCUUUCUGGAAUAGUUUACUCAUUUGCAAAGGUCACGGGGGCAGAGUUUACCUGUGCUGAAACAGCCGAGCACUAUGGAGGAUUACCUACAACAGAAGAAGAGGAUUGACUGCAACAUUUCAGCUGAUCUGAAUGAUUUAUGAAGGAGAUGCUGAGUAGAUAAGAUCAGUAUGUUACAAAGAAGCAAA